GAUUUUUUAGGGUGUGUGUGUGUGUGUGUGUGUUUCUACAUAGCUCAGAAUUUGGAAUACGAAAUUGGGGUUUCGGUUUCCCUGGCUGGAAUGUCAGACUCCUGGGAAGAGGGCACCGGCAUGAGCAGCCCGCGAAGUCCCGAGAAAAAGCCCACUGCUCAAAGUAUCUACUUGGAUGCGGAGGAGGAGGAGGAGGCAAAGAAGGAAAUGCCACCAGAUACCGAUGGGGAUGAGGGCAGCACACCCUCAUCAUCCACGACAAAUACUCCGCUUGCUAAAAGGGCCACCGAGAAGGAGGCAGAAAAGGAUCUGCAACCAGAUUCCGAAGAGGAUACUCGGCGAAAAGGUUUCCGAGAAUCAGAUAGGGGCACCUCACGCCCAUCAUCCAAGAGAAAAACUCCGGUUACACCGCGGGCCACCAUAGCAUCGAAUGUGGACUCGAUUUUGGACUCGGAUUUCAGGGAUGCUUUUCGAAAACCACAGACAGAGCUGGUUGAUGAGACCACUCCCACCACGAGUAGGACCCGCCGAUUGGAGUACUUUCGCAGUGGAGCCGAUGCCGACUGCCAGGUGCAUGUUCUGAACAAAUCCCCCGGUUCCGAAUCCGAGGAUUCGGUGGCCAAUGUCUGCUACAAGAAGUUCGACUGCCACCGGAUUUUCCUGGCCACCGCCUCCGAGAAACUGGAGCAGGAUGUGUACCAGAACAAGCAGUGGAACGGUGUGCUCCAGAUCAAUGGAGUUUCCCCCGAGAGCGUGGAGAUCUUCCUGGAGUUCAUAUACACCUUCGAGGUGACCUCGUCGCUGGUGCAGUUGCCGUUAUUAGGCGACAUCUUCAUCCUGUCCUGCGCCUACAACAUGCCGGAACUCCUGAUCUCCUUUUCCGAGAGACUUAAGCAGCAGGAAUGGCCCUUGGAUGAGAUAUUCCCUGCUUUGGACCUGGCAUUCCGGCACAACAUCAUCGAUUUGGAGCGGGUUUGCAUGGAGAAAAUCAUGGAGCAUGCCGGAAACCUCACCCAGGUGCCCAGUUUAAUGAGACUGCAGGUCUACGCCCUGAACUAUGUGAUCCAGCAUUGGCUGGUGGAGGAGCUGGUGCCCCUGGAUGAUCUAAUAACCAUUGUGAAGCAGUAUCAGCAGACCAACGAUAUUACUUUCGCAAACACCCAAAAUUUUCCGCACUUUACCAAGAUCAUCAAAUACUUUCCCGACGUUCUUUUGGAUUCCGAAGGGAAUAUUAGCAAGUUUUAG